CUCUUAGAGAAUUCCUACCUCAGAGCUUACUGAUAUCAUUUGGUUCAUCUCAAGUUAUCAUGCGUGUAUUUCGAUUCCUUUUUCCUUAUUUUAUUUUUCUGCUUGCCAAUUCUGUGCAGGUGUUCUAGAUCACCUUAUUGGACUAUUUUUCGGUGACUUUUUUAAUCUCAAUAAUCAAACGGAAACUACUAGUUGAUGGGAUGUUUACCAUGAGACUCCGGUCGAUUAGCAAUUUUUGGUGGCUUUUCAUGAAACUCAGCCUGGCUAUUGGAUGGACCAGCUGUGUUUCGAGCUCGAAUCAGAAAUAUGUCGCAGGUAAAGGAAUGAUCUCACCUCCAUGCAUGCUUCCAGAUCCAGAGGCAGAAGCAGAUAUAGUUUUAGAGAUAGGAACGCCUCUAGAAAUCUUUUGUACGUUGGAAUUGAAGGACACCAAUUCCUGGAAUCGUACCUCUAAAGACAUAAGAUUUAAAGAAGGAGAUCGUAUGGUUGACAACGAACACGUAACAUUCGUAAAUUCGACAACAGCCAGAUUGUACGUGGAAAAUUUACCUGUUAGUGUCAAAAAGAAGAUUUUCUAUUGCAUGCUCAGCUGGAGCGGCAGCAGUGGUGGUAAUCUAACAUCUAACGCAUCCGACAGCAGCUCAAAAACAUCAUUGACCAAUGAGCCUGAAACUCGAAUGGAACAGCUGAUCUGUUCAAAUUCUGUACUAAUCGGUAGCAAACCAAAAAAAGUAGUCAACUUUAAAUGUCUCGGUUACAAUUGGGAAGCGUUGGACUGCUGGUGGCACGAGCCUAGUAACGGAAUCAAGACAGAUUAUUCGAUUCAUUAUUCCAUUCCCAAAGAAGCUGGUAAAAAUGAAAUGUUCGGUUGUCCAACUGAUCAGAGUGAACCUGGUCACUGUCGGUGGACUAAGAACACGUCUCCUCCUUAUAGAGAAAAUUUCGAGUUCGUGGAUAUAUACAUUAAUGGCAAUAAUCAAUUUGGAAAAAUUACCCAAAUGUCAAGAUGGCAUCAUUACGAUCACGUUGUUCUUGCGCAACCGAGUAAUUUGACAUCUUUGAAUGCAACACCUCAUAGUGUUUACCUGCAAUGGAACAUUGGUUCUUGGAACGUGUCCAAUAUAGAUUUGCUUUAUCGAGUCAAAUAUAUGCAACCUUCCUCGAAGCAUUGGAAUGUAAUCUACUUUCACUCAAAAGACGUAGAGAAAGGAGAUGGUCUCGUAAAAGUCAAUAUAACCGGCAUAAAAUACCCGAAUAUGGAGUAUAAGUUCUUUGUAUACGUGAAAUUAUCCUCAUCCAAAAUAAAUUCUUGGUCUAAAGCAGCUUCUGCGUUGGUAAAAACUAGCCCAUGCGCGCCCUACCGGUCACCUAAAACUGACACCGGUGGAUUUGAAAUUUAUGCUGAACGUUCAAAUUAUAGAAACAUGAUGAUUUAUUGGAAGCAAAUUCCCGCAGAAGAACACAAUGGUGAUAAUUUCGAGUACCAGAUAACUGUGUUUGAAAAUAAUGUCAAAGUCGAUAUUAAACCUACAUCGAUGAAUAAUGUUUCGGCCAAAUUCUCUAAUCUCACGUUCAACGCUUAUAAAUUUUAUAUAAAAUCAGUAAACGAGAUUGGCUCAGCUCCUCGAUCUUCCAUCGUGCAUGUACCCUCAAAACAUGAUAUCUUGGAUACACCUUACGUGUAUGGUUUCAGACGUUUUGGAGACAAUGUUUAUGAAAUUACAGUGUUAUCAGAUUUACUAAACAUAGAAUCCGAGCAUAACCAGGUAAAAGCCACCAAUUUUACAUUAUUCUGGUGCAAAAGUUCUCACGGUGACCCAUAUCCCUGUACUAACUUCUACACAUGGAUCCAUCUACCAUUUGAUAUACUCUGGAGCAACUAUGCUUUUAAGCAUAACUUGACCACCGAGCAGAACAUUGGUUAUCAAUUCGCUGUCAGUACGAAUUCACUGAAUUCUAGCAGCGGCAUGGAAUGGAUUUUAUGCACUGGUAUUUAUAACCAGGUAAAUAAAAUUCAAACUGUUUGGAUUGGAAAGGUUGGCUCGGAUUUUGUAGACGUACGAUGGAAGUUGGAAUGCGCUAAUCACGUUGAAGGUUUCCGAGGCUACAACAUAUCAUAUUAUUCUAUCAAUGAGAAUCACCAGCGAGACCCUGUCGAUCCUGAGAGUUCAUAUUAUAGAUAUUAUGCUGGUACAGACACUUUAAAUGCUGAAAUUUUCAAUUUACUGCCAAAUACCACUUACCAAAUUUCGGUUGCUAUUUUCACAGUUAAAUUAUCAGGGCCUCCGAGCGAAUGGGUGUAUGCACGUACACAGAACCGACCAUAGGGCACAUGGUCGCUUUGAAGAAAUGGGGUAGGCAACUCUUGCAAUGUCGAAUCAUUGAUUUUUUUUCAAUUCUCACGAAUGCACUCGUUUGGUAGGUACCUGAAACUAAGAUAGUUUCAAAAGGUUAUUUAUUAUUGAAAGCUGUAACGUUUUUAAAAAUAUAGU